AUGGCCACUCUGCCCUCGUCCCUGCCGCCCGGGGUUUCUCCUCCACUGACCGAAGACAACGAGCAUAAUCAUAAUGGCCUGAUUGUCAUCAUCACUUCCCUGGGACUCUUUCUCGUCUUGGCUUCUCUCGGAAUCCGGAUGUUCGCAUCCUCGAAGCGAAGCAUUCUCUUACGUGAUGAUUAUGUUCUGUUUGUAGUUGUGGCGUGCGCCUGUGCACAAUUGUCUCUGGUGCUAGUCCAAGUUCACUUUGGCUGGGGCCAGUCAGAGAAUUUACUUCGUUCUGCAGACUUCUCCUCUAUGUUGAAGGCCGGCUAUGCAGGAGACCUACUGUAUAUCCUCAUCCUAGGACUGUCGAAGAUAUGCACAAUGCUGUUCUACCAAAACCUUUCACUGCCUCGGACCAAAUGGAUGAUCAAGUCUAUUCUGGUGGCAUGUGCGUUGUGGACACUUCUGGCAAUGCUCCUGUUAGCCAUUCGAUGCAGCAGCGAUCCUUGGGUUGAUAUCGACCAUGAAUGUCCAAGCCUUCUGCCACGCUGGCGAGCAAUCAGCGCGCUCGACAUUAUCCUCGAAGUGUUGAUUCUUUCCUACCCAGUGGUGAUUAUCCUGAACGUUCAGAUAUCGCCAAGGAAAAAGAUGAUAGUCUUGGGUAUUCUCAGCUUCCGCAUUAUACUGAUACCUCUCUCCGCCAUCCACUUAUAUUUCAUCGAGAAGCAAAUCCGGUCUUCCGAUCCAACCCUGCUCGGAGCCUAUGCCACCACGACCGCCGAGCUCCAUUUGAGCCUCAGUAUCGUCCUCUUGACGAUAUCAUCCCUUAAGUUGUUUGUGGCGGUGUACGAAGACGAACAAGGCUUUGCCUACACGGAGGAAAUAUCCGGCUCUCAUAGUAACAGUGGGCCAACUGCGCCCACGGCGUGGAAGUUAUCACGCCACAUCAAAGAUCCAGCUCUUCUGCCAGCCAGAAACGGUACGGACCGCGAGCCCAUCCUGCAGGGUACAUCGGCAUCGGCUUCAUCUUCUAGGGCUGCGUGCCUGCUUAAACGGACCAACGCCAUCAUGAAAAGUGUCCAGAUCUCUGUGACGAGGGAGAGCAUUGAGCUGGAUGAAAGGGGAGGAGUAGCUGCCAAGUCAGCAACCGAUGUAUGA